UUCUCUAUCCUCCACAACCUCUGUUGAGUCCUCUGGUGGGGACUCCCCCAAGAAGACUCAGUUUACAAAACCCUAAAUGAGACCACUGCCAAGAAGUGCUUGCUCACCCCUCCGGCAACGGCAGGGGAAUCUCCCUUUCCUUUUAUGGGUGAAGCACAAGAAAGGAUUCAUAAGUGGAGCCCAAUCCUUCUCACCAAACACAGCCCACACCUCCCAGUAAUUGAACUUGACAAGAAAAAAAACUGGUUUGAGAAAUUACCGCAAACUAUAUUGUCAUCAAAAAACACUUCCUAUCUGAGAUCACAGAACAGAGUAGGCACAACUUCCUGCUGAGCAGAUCAGCCUAAUGCUUAAAUAGAACAACUCCUGACUGUCAUUGACAUUAUAUAAAAAGCCAAGAUGACAGCCUGAGAGGACUAAGCCCUUGCUCUGGCAUCCUCCCAGUAGGAUGCCGGAAAGAGGCUAACCCAACAUACUGCACAGAAUUUCAUCCAGUUCCCUGCUCCAUCCUGAUUCCACGGGCCAGGAAGAUGGAGACACACUUGGUGAUACUGGGAUUGCUCUCAUUCAUCAUGAUACCCAGUUCUCUAACAGAGAUGUGUAUGCAUGACCCGCCAAAGGUUGCCUAUGCCACAUUCAAAGCCCCUGCCUACAAGAAUGGCACCAUUCUAAACUGUGAAUGCAAGAGAGGGUUUCGAAGAAUAAAGGAGUUGGUCUAUAUGGUUUGUUUAGAAAACUCCUGGAGCAAAAGCUGUCAGUGCUCAAGCAACUCCAAUAACAAUCCAAGAAAGCAAGCUACACCUAACCCUGAAGACCAGAAAGACUGGCAAACCACAGAAAUGCAGAAAUCAACACAGUCUGUGCACCAAGGGAACCUUCCAGGUCACUGCGGGGAGCCCCCUACAUGGGAACAUGAAGAUACCAAGAGAAUCUACCAUUUCGUGGUAGGACAGAGACUUCACUAUGAGUGCAUUCAAGGAUACAAGGCCCUACAGAAAGGUCCUGCCAUGAGCAUCUGCAAAAUGAUCUGUGGGAAGACAGAGUGGACUCAGCCCCAGCUCACAUGUGUAGAUGAAAGAGAACAUCAUCAGUUUCCAGCCAGUGAAGAAUCUCAAGGAAGCAGAGAUUCUUUUCCUGAGAGUGAGACUUCCUGUCCCAUCACCACCACAGACUUCCAGCUCCCCACAAAAGCAGCUACAACUAUGGAGACAUUUAUACUUACAAUGGAGUAUCAGAUAGCAGUGGCCAGCUGUGUCUUCCUGCUCAUCAGCAUCCUUCUUCUGAGCGGACUCACCUGGCAACGAAGAUGGAAGAAGAGUAGAAGAACCAUCUAGAAAACUCAGAGCAGUUGGAGGCCAAGAGAAGCUGAUGGGAACCAUGAAGCUCAAGGAAAUCAAAGAAGCCAAACACUCACUCAACAGGUGUCUCCUGUUGAUCCCUUGGGUUCUAGAAAGUUCUGAAGUCACUGGCCAUAGCAGCACACACGUCAGGAAACCUUGACUCCAUCACUAAACUGGACUUCGCUAUUGAAGAAUGGGAUCUGACCAUUUCUAAUGUCUUCAAUGGGAGAGAGGGCCCAACAGCACUCUGUAUGCUUUGUUUUCAUGUACAUACGUCGAUGAAAGCUAGAGUGGCAUGGACACUUUCAUGCCAUAUACAAAACAGAAUUUUAGGUGACUUCAUGGGAACUUCCCAGUUUGGAAAGACUACAUAAAGCCUAGCACUAAUAUAAAUAUUCCUUCUCCUCUUCCCCCUCUUCCUCCUCCCCUGCACCCGCACCCUUCCUGCUCUCACAAACUCAUCCUAGCCAAGUGACGCCUUUAUCAACCUCUGGUCCCCUAACUGGUUCUUCUGAUUUCAUCAUUUACUAACCAGCCUUUAGAACUCUGGGCUGGUAACUAGGACUCCAUAUGUUCUUAUCUCAAUCCUAGAAGGGAACCCCCUUUCCGUUGAAGCUUAAGUUUUGAAUUUCUAAAGAACAUAAACUAUAGCUGGGUGGUGGUGGUGGUGGUGCACACCUUUAAUCCCAGCACUUAGGAAGCAGAGGCAGGUGGUUCUCUGUGAGUUCGAGACCAGCUUGAUCUACAAGAGCUAGUUCCAGGACAGCCUCCAAAGCGACAGAGAAAUUCUGUCUUGAACCCCCACACCCUCCAAAAAGAACAUAAACUAUGGCAGGACAAUUUUUUAAUAGCCUCAAAACAAAGUGGCCAAGUUGUGGGUAACUGUGGAGUUUCGGUAUUCAGAGGCCUGUGUCUAAGGUAUUGUUGGGGGCAGAAGGCUAGGUGGAGGGACAAGAAUUAGACUUACCAGAUGCUUUACUAGUAGGCCACUCUAGGAGCUGGUUUCUUUGGGACUGCUAUGACUUGUACUCUAAAUUUGGCCUUACAAGUGGACAUACAAGGUGCAGACAUGUACCUGGUACAUAUCACAAAAAACACUGAAAAAAAAGGAAUAUUUAUGGAAGGGAUGGAAGGAAUGAGGAAGAGGGGAGAAUAUACUAAAGAUUAACUACAGACUAGAUAUCCUGGCCAUCUUCAAAUAAUUUCCCCCCAAAAUCUCCCAAUCCUGAGUCACCAGGAAGCCUUAGGAAAACAGACUAUGACACCAGCCCAGUCUCUAAGUCGGUAAAUGUGGAGCUGGGAUUUUUCACAAGUUCUGGGGUGGUGCCUUGAUGCUGAUCUCUAGACCACACUUUGUGAACCACUGAACUAUCCCUGUGUGGUCUCACCUUCCACUGCUACCAAAAGCAACUAAGUUCUGGUGCCCAGGCCUCCGAGAGCAUUCUUGUUCAAUCUCUUACUUAAGAUUUCCUCUCAAAUAAGUUGAGUCAGAUAUUCAAAUUUAACCUUGUUUGGGAGGAUUCACAAGAAGCUUCAAGUAUCAGUUUUCAUUUCUGAAAAGACUGAAAAUGUUAUAGAAAAUCAAAGAUCAGACAGAGCCAUUUUUGAUCUCUUAUGUGACCAAGUGUAAACCAGACUUUUCCUAUCUAUGACCUUUCAAAAGUAUACCUUUCUUGGGGAAAAGAAAGAUUAAGUAGAAUCUCAAACCACUAAUUUUAGAAAAGAAAAAAUAAUGUUAAAAAUCUUUCUAGAGAGCUGUGGUUGGUGGUACAUACUUUGAAGUCCAGGACUCAGGAGGAUGAGGCAGGAGGAUCACAGCAAAUGUGAGGUCAGCUUGACCUAAAUAGCAAAACCCUGCCCUCUCCAUAAGAACGAUCUUACUUGUAUAAAAUUAAAUUUUCAAUGCAUAUCUGUUUGCCACAUGUGUGCCUGGUGCCCAGGGAGGUCAGUCGAAGAUGUUGAAUCCCCUGAAACAGCUGGUUGUAAGCUGCCAUGUAGGUGCUGGGAACUGAAUCUUUGUCCUCUGGGAGAUGGGGAUACGAUAAAAUUUUUUCUUAAUAAUACUAAGAUAUUGUUUAACUGUUUUACUCUCCUUCGUAAAUGUAAGGUGAAAUUUCCUAGAAGCUACAUGUGUAAAGUUGUCGUUACUCUGAUGUUAACAUAUAAUGGAUUUAUCUUGUUGUUUAUAAAAUAAUUAAUUAAUGAUAUUUUAAA